GGGACGGGACUGCGCAUGCGCAAAGCUGAAGUGCGCCACGGGCGGCCGUUGAAAAAUGGCGUCUGUCACCGAGUUGAAGGCCGUUUUAAAGGACACCUUGGAAAAAAAGGGAGUAUUAGGGCAUUUAAAAGCAAGGAUCCGAGCUGAAGUUUUCAGUGCCCUAGAUGAUGACCGUGAACCCCGACCAUCAUUGUCUCAUGAAAACCUUCUAAUUAAUGAAUUAAUUCGGGAGUAUUUGGAAUUCAACAAAUAUAAGUAUACAGCAUCCGUCCUCAUGGCAGAAUCUGGUCAACCUGUAGUUCCAUUGGACAGACAAUUUCUCAUUCGUGAACUAAAUGCAUUUGAAGAAUCAAAGGAUAAUACAAUACCUCUUUUAUAUGGAAUUUUAGCUUAUUUCAUGCAUGGAACUAAGGAUGGCAUCCAGAACGCAUUUCUUAAAGGCCCUUCACUUCAGCCUCCAAACCCAAAUCUUGGCAGACAACUUAGUAGAAGAAAGCAAAUAGAUGAUCACCUAAGAAUGGAGAAGGGAAAAAGUGCUAAUGUGGAAGAUCUUCAUGUUUCUCAAGCAGUAAAGAGAUGACAUUUCCAUUUGGGUUAUCUUUUAUCUUAAAAUUGUGUGUAUUAAAUUAUUUAUUAUCUCAGUGUUACCAAAAUGUACCACUACUAUUUGUACUUUGUAGAAAUCUGAGUUUCUGCAAAACACUUAGCCCCUCAUGUUUAACUGUAUUUGUGAAUAAAAACCACCUGCCAUCAAGCUUA